UAAACUGGUCAAUACAACGGACCCGGCUUUCUUCUUUAAAAAGAGAGCAAAUUCAUCAGUAAUUUCUGUUGAUCCCACGAUCCGAUCAUUUCAAUCAGAUAAUCCGGUACAGGGAUUCGGUCGCUACUCCACACACUUUCAAACUGAUUUUCAUCCUUCAAUGGCUGCAAAGAAGGUUUUGCUCACAGUCAAUGGCGAUGAGGUUUCUAGAAACAUCGCUUAUCACUUAGCAAAACGCGGCUGCAGGUUGGUGUUGGUGGGAAACGAGAAGGUUCUCAAGGGCGUUACGGAUUGGAUAAUCAACGAUCUGAAGGGAGUGACGAUUGAUAUCGUUGGAUUAGACAUGGAAGAGGAGAGAGAGGCGGUUUUUGAUGCAGCCGUGGAGAAAACCUGGAAUAUUUUGGGGAAAGUGGAUGCGUUAGUUAAUUGUUACACUUAUGAAGGAAAGAUGCAAGACCCACUGCAAUUGUCUGAAGUUGAGUUCAAAAAGACAGUCAGAAUAAACUUUAUGGCUGCUUGGUAUUUGAUGAAAGCUGUUGCAAAGAGAAUGAGGGAUAACAAAACAGGAGGAUCCAUCGUAUUUAUGACCUCAAUAAUUGGUGCUGAGAGAGGGAUAUAUCCAGGUGCAGCUGCAUAUGGUGCAUGUUUAGGUGGAGUUCAUCAAUUGGUCAGGACAUCGGCUAUGGAGAUUGGUAAGCACCAGAUCAGGGUGAAUGCAAUAGCUCGCGGGAUUCAUAUAGAUGAUGAAUUUCCGUUAUCAGUGGGGAAGGACAGGGCACAAAGUUUGGUGAAGGAUGCAGCCCCACUAAACAGAUGGUUAGACCCCAAGAACGACCUUGCUUCGACCGUGAUCUACUUGGUGAGCGAUGACUCCCGCUACAUGACUGGAACCACGAUAUUCGUUGAUGGUGCACAGUCGGUCGUAAGGCCUCGCAUGCGUGCUUACAUGUGAAUUUGGAAAAAAAUCAUGGGUUGGGACUCGGGGUUCAUUAGACUUGUUGAAUGAUUGGAUCACUUAUAACGUUGUUUUGGAGUGAGAUUAUUGGUGUAACAUGUGAUGUUACGUAAUCAGCCCCUGGGCUGGGGCUAUACUCAUAUCACCGCAUUAACAUCCCAAGUUCUUUUUUCCAUUUUCAAUGUAAGAGAAUACAGAUAGCAGCGUUCCAUAUGAUGUCAGGGUAUUUCUAAAAUAAUGAGAUUUGAAAGUGCAUUCCCACUGUUUUUAAGUGGUAUGGUUGGUUGA